AUGGUUAUCAGCCCAAAUUUUAGGGGCGGUUGGCCGCUUGUGCGCAUAAUCCAUCCCAACAACCUGCCAACCUUGUCGACUGUCCAGCAUCUCGAUGUACGCGAUAAUGAACAGAGACUUGCACCAUCUAUUGGACUAGAUCUAGCCCUCUCAUUCCCAAAUCUUCGGACAGUAGUUUGGAACUUCGGAGACUGCUACCAUUCCCAUGACAAAGAACUAGAGUUCGACGAUUCCGAUGAAGAAGAACCAGAUCUCAACCCAUUAUUACCCCCUGAGUACGCACGAGCUAAAGAGCCAAGAGCGCGUCGCGUAGCUCGUGCAGAGUUUGCGAAAAGCCUCAUGCUGACCCCCUUCCACCGUUUCAACUCCGCCGAUAUGUACUUCUACCACGAAAGCUACUCGUUUGACCAAAGAUACCCAGCCCCAAGCAUCGUACCUCAUGGUCUCUCCCACGACACAUUCAGCACCGCUUGA